AUGAUGGCAUUACGACUGUCCACGCAGCGACUUACCAGAGAGGUCUUGAAAGGCACCCCCUUCCGUCCCAGUUUUCCUCUGCUCGAGAGUCAGCGCAGACACUUUGCGACGCCAUCGACAACGGUAGCAGCACAUGAUGCCGUGGGAUCGAAGGGGCCGACCGCCAUGGUUUUCCUGAACAUGGGAGGCCCUUCAACCACAGAUGAAGUCGGCGAUUUCUUGAGCCGACUUUUUGCAGACGGUGACUUGAUUCCCCUCGGACGACUUCAAUCAUACAUCGGUCCGUUGAUCUCGACGAGGCGGACGCCCAAGAUCCAGAAACAGUACGCGGCCAUCGGAGGAGGUUCCCCAAUUCGAAAAUGGACCGAAUACCAAAACGCCGAGAUGUGCAAAAUUCUGGACAAGAUCUCACCCGAGACGGCGCCGCACAAGCCGUAUGUGGCCUUUCGUUACGCCGACCCGCUUACAGAGGAAAUGUACAACAAGCUUCUGCAAGACGGUUUUGGAAAUGGCAGGGGCGGCAGGGCCGUUGCGUUUACGCAGUAUCCCCAGUACUCUUGUUCAACCACAGGAAGCAGCUUGAACGAGCUGUGGAAGUGGCGACACCGCCUGGAGGGUAAGGCAGCCUCUGGUGACGACGGCUCUAUAUCGUGGAGCGUCAUCGACAGGUGGCCAGCUCAUCACGGUUUGGUCGAGGCUUUCGCCCAAAAUAUCGAGGCCAAGCUAGCAGAAUACCCAGAGGAAAGACGGAAGCAAGUGGUUUUGCUGUUUUCGGCACACAGCUUGCCCAUGUCGGUUGUGAACAGAGGCGAUCCAUACCCUAGCGAGGUCGCUGCAACCGUGCACGCGGUCAUGCAGCGCUUGAAUUUUUCGAACCCCUAUCGCCUCUGCUGGCAGUCUCAGGUCGGCCCAUCGGCCUGGCUUGGUCCCCAGACGGCGACGACGGUCGAACAGUACAUCGCCAAGGGCCAGAAGGAUCUCGUGCUUAUCCCUAUCGCGUUUACUUCGGAUCACAUCGAAACUCUGUACGAGCUGGACACCGAGGUCAUCGGUGAAUGUGGCCAUGCCGACACGGUCAAGCGCGCAGACAGCCUCAAUGGCAGUCCUGUCUUCAUCCAAGCUCUGGCCGAUAUCGCCAAGGAUCAUCUCAGGAGCGGGAAUGCUUGCUCACUGCAGAUGGGACUGCGUUGCCCCGGCUGCAAGAGUGACAGAUGCCUUGAAUCUAAAAAGUUCUUUUCUGGUCAGCAAGCAAAUAUAUAUCCCAUAGGCAGCAAGGCAACGGCCUUGUGA